CAGAUUUCUCAGAUUUCCGCUCAGUUCGUUUCAACAUGUACAACGCGAUUCGAGUCGCCGAGUUUGGCGCUCCUGCCGUCAUGCAGCUCCGAUCUGUGGCCAUUCCAGAGACCCUCGGCGCGAGUGAGGUGCUUGUGCGCGUCGCUGCGGCAGGCGUCAACCCUGUGGACACGUACAUUCGCAAAGGCAAUUACGCGUCGCUCCCGUCGUUACCGUACACCCCUGGCAAGGACGGCGCAGGCAUUGUGCAUCGUAUCGGCGACAGUGUGAGCAAGGUCAAGGCUGGAGACCGAGUCUAUCUCUCUGGAAGCAAGUCCGGUACAUAUGCCGAAAUGACCAUUUGCGAUGUGUCGCAGGUGCAUCACCUGCCCGCAAAUGUUAGCUUUGAAAAGGGCGCAUCUCUGGGUGUCCCGUACGCAACUGCGUACCGCGCGCUCUUCCAGCGUUGCCGCGCUCGUUCGGCCGAGACUGUGCUGGUGCACGGCGCGAGUGGAGGCGUGGGUCUUGCCUGCGUUCAGUUUGCGCGGGUCCACGGCCUGACUGUGAUUGGCACCGCGAGCUCCAAAUCCGGGCGCGAACUCAUUCUCGCGCAGGGUGCCCAUCACGCGCUCGAUCACAGCAACGACCAGUAUGUCAAAGAAGUGAUGGACAUUACAAAGGGCCAGGGCGUCCACAUUGUGAUGGAGAUGCUGGCGAACGUCAACCUCGAAAAGGACCUCACCAUGAUUCGGCGACAUGGCCGCAUUGCCAUCAUCGGAAACCGCGGAUCGCUCGACUUCAACCCUCGAGCCAUCAUGUCCAAGGAAGCCGAGCUGUACGGUGUUCAACUGGGCGUCCUCACUUCCGAAGAAGCAGACGAGAUUCAUGCGGCAAUUUGGGCCGGCCUCACCCAAGGUUUUCUCGAUCCCGCGGUCGGCUCUGUCUUUCCGCUUGCCGACGCCGCGCGCGCCCACGAAGAGAUUAUCGAUCCGCCAAGAGGCGCUGUUGGCAAGGUCAUUCUGCGGCCAGAGAUCAAGCAGUGAUUGGCUGAAACCAAAAACAAAAGCAACGCAAAAACAAAUGUCGAUGUACAAGUUGGUUUUGUCUAUUGCAUGACAGUAACACAAGAAGGGAAUUCACAGAAAACAUUGAAACGAGGAGAGC